AUCGAUACUUGUUGCAGCGCUAGGAAAACACUCAAAAUUGCACGUUGCUUGAAGUUAUCAAAGAAUAUUUACUUUAUAAGCAUAUAAUAAUAAUAUGCUUGACCAAAACAUGGAAACUGACACGACAGAUCAAAGCAAGGAUGAUAUACUCAUUUGCCUGCCCGGAGAGCGCUUGUGCCGCGUGGAAGACAAUGUUGUGCUGGGAGAAGGAACCUACGAGCAAGGCGGCUACAUUUAUGCAUCCAAAUCGGGCAUAGUUUCUAUAGUGGAGUCCGAAGAAAAGUAUCAAAUGGUGAGCGUCAACAAGCCCGGCUUCCAUCUAACUAUACCAGCUACUGGAGAUGUGGUCACAGCGCGUGUGCUAGUCACCACACCUAAGUUUGCCAAAUGUGCAAUAUUCUGCGUGCGAAAUGUGCUGCUGGAGAGCAGCUAUCGUGGCCUGCUGCGCAAGGAAGACGUGAGAGAAACAGAAAAGGAUCGUGUGGAUAUAUACAAAUCUUUCAAGCCCGGCGAUAUUAUAUUGGCGCGUGUGAUUAAUCAAAUGGAGCAAUCGUUUAUGCUAAGCACAGCCGAAUCGGAGCUGGGCGUUGUUAUAGCCUAUGCCAGCGAUGCUCGCAAAAAUCGCAUACCCAUGGUUCCCAUAGGCUGGGGUGAAAUGCAAUGCCCGCAGACAACUAUUAAGGAGCCUCGCAAGGUGGCCAAGGUGUUGCCCGAGAGCACAAUAAAAUCCGAACCAUAACAAAACGUAAAUCAUAACUAUGUUAAAU